UACUAGAGAGCAGGACAAUUACUAAAUUCAUUCCAGGAAAGAAAUAUGGAGAAACCACUGAUCAGCAAGUUAUUUUUCCAAUUCAAACAAGUUUCUGGUCAUUUAUUGAUGUGGAUUCAUCUUCAAAAAAGCAUAUACAACUGGAUAAUACUGUAAUUGGCCAGUUGGACUUAAGCUCGAUUUCAGCUACUCUUAUAGAUGCAUUUGGACUUUUGAUAUACUGCAAUGAAGCAUCAUGUUGUCAGUCUCCAUUUCCUGUUACAAAUUUCAUUUUUAAAAAAUCUAUUAAUUCAGAAGAGAUUUAUUCUAUCACCCAACAGUUCCAAACCCAAGAUUAUGAGGAAUUUUUUGCUUUUUCAAAGAAUUUGCAUGUAGAAUUAUGUCCAGAAUCAGAAAGAUUAAUUCAUGGCUACUAUCUAGCAAGUCGAAGAGUCAGAACACAGCUCAUGAAUGGACCUAAUCUCUCAGCAAUUUCACUAAAAAUCUUAUAUUAG